UGCAGCCUGAGACCUGUUCCACUUAGUUUUCUCCACACAGGGGAUUAUUAUUUCUCACCCAGCCUCUCUGCCUGCGUUUUUCAGAUCAACCUCGUCAAUGUGGCGAUAAAAUGGUUGAUGGUUCCCUUUUGACGCACAGCUAUUUUUGAAUCUACCUGUGACCAAUCAGCUCUCUGGAUAUUCAGCCACAGGCCGUUGUUGAUCAGUAAAACAGGCUGCGAUGCUCUCAACGAAGGAGAAGGAGCUGAUUGCACAAAUAUGGAAAAGGCUGAUUCCUGUGGCAGAAGACAUUGGCUCAGACGCGCUUCUUAGGAUGUUCGACUCUUACCCGGGCACCAAGACGUACUUCUCCCACCUGGACAUCAGCGCCCGCUCCGCUCACCUGCUCUCCCACGGGAAGAAGAUCGUCCUGGCCAUCACAGAGGGAGCCAGAGACAUCAGCCAGCUGACCGUCACUCUGGCUCCUCUGCAAACGCUGCACGCCUACCAGCUCCGGAUAGACCCGACCAACUUCAAGCUCUUCUCACACUGUAUGCUCGUCACCCUGGCCUGUCACAUGGGCGACGACUUCACGCCAGUCGCACACGCGGCGAUUGACAAGUACCUGUCAGCGUUCGCAGCCGUGCUCGCCGAGAAAUACAGAUGAGAGCCAGCCACGUGUUCCUAAGAUGCAAAUAAAUGAAACAUGUAUGUAAGUUUAGUUGUUGUUAUGUAAUGUUCUUUAAUAAUAAAAAUGUGUAUUUAACAUGCAAAAUGUUAUGUUGUAUUACAAUAGUUACUCUUAAUUGAGUGCUGAAAUGAUUUCCUCAUGCAGGCACAGAUGUAAGAUGAGGACUGUGUCAUUUUGUGCAGUUUGUGGCAGAGUCUCAGGUGCUUCAUGCUUAUUUAAGUAUGUUUCCACAUUCAAAAACAUGUGAUCAAUGUGUGAGGUACAUACAUGACUGUGUUCAGUGUUACGUGUGGUGGAAAAAUGAACACAACAACGAUUCCUUACUUUUCUGGAUCCAUUCAAAUUUCCCUUUUCCUUUCACUUCAAAGACACUCUGACGUACGACAAGGUGAUUAUAUAAAUCUCUUACUCCAAAGCCCCAAAUAUUGUUUUCUUCUUCCGUAUCAGAAACAAAUGAAGGACUCACAGUUGAAUGUCACAGGGGUGAAGAGGGAACUCCUGAAGCAGCAUCUUGGGACUGUCUUUGCUGUUGAAAUAAAAAUGGUAUUAAUUCUUCAGAAUGUAAUCCUAUCCAAUAUUUGCAAAUACCAUACUCAAGAAAUUUUGUAGCUGCUGAGUGGACUUUGUUGUGAAGGGUUUUUAUAAUCUCCUUAGUCAAAGGUCAAGAAUGACAUUUCAACCUUAAGCCUUUAUUUGCCCUUAAAGUGUUAACAAUUACUAUUUAACAAGAUUCCAUUAGCUUCAAACAGCUUUUAUGACUUUAAGCACUCUGUGUCACAUUCACACCAUUAAAAAGGUGUAAUCUUAUCUAUUUUUACUGACCAUAUACUGCUUCAGACUCUGUAAUGCACAGAUAAGUCUUCCCACAGCCAAUAAAUGCGACAAGGAGCUAAUAUCUAAUCAACUCAUUGGUCUUAUUGAUAAACUCUUCUCUUGCUGUUCAUUUCAUAUAUACACCCUACAACUAACAAGUUUUAGUGAUUGCAAAAGUUGUGGUGUUGUUAGCUUGUAACUGGGUCACUCUCUUCCUGCGACACGACAAAAAAAAAAUUAUUACCUCUGACAUUCACAUCUACAACACAUUUACCCAAUUUAAACCAAGCAAGAAAGGUUUGAGUAAUUAUUAACGGUAUAUAUUGUUAUC